AUGCCCAGCCCCGGGCAGCGAGGCUGCCGGCCGCCCGCUACCUCGGGCGCCCGGGUCCAGCGCCCGCGCUCCAGCUGCUCUCCCGCGCCCGCGUCUCCCGCGCCCGCGUCCCCCGCGCUGCCGCGCCGCUCGGCAGGCCCAGGCCCACCCCGUGCAACCGGACGCCUCGAGUCCUCCUUCUCUGUCGAGGCCAUCCUGGCCAGACCCGACCGCCGUGCGCCCGCCAUCUCCUCUCUGUCUGUCUCCGCCGGCGCUGCCGGGGGCCUCUGGACCGCGCCCGCCCGGCCUCCCGCUCCGGCUCUGCCCAGCGCGUACCCGGCUACGUGGCUGCCCGCCUACCUGAACGCGGGGCUCGACCAGCGGUGCCCCCAGCUCCCGGUGCUGCGGCUGCGCACCGCCCACUUUUGCGGCCUCCAGGGCCUCGGCGUCACAGGCUUGGAGCUGGCUCACUGCCUAGGCCUCUGGGGUCCCCGCAACUGGGCCCAAGCUCAGGACCUUCAGGACACUGAGAGAUCCCAAAAGAGGGUCCGAACCAUGUUUAACUUGGAGCAGUUGGAAGAGUUGGAGAAAGUGUUUGCAAAACAGCACAAUCUAGUGGGGAAGAAGAGAGCCCAGCUGGCAGCCCAGCUCAACCUUACAGAGAACCAGGUGAGGGUCUGGUUCCAAAACCGCAGGGUUAAGUAUCAGAAGCAGCAAAGGCUGAGACUGCCAGCUGCAUCUGCCAUGGCUGCCUCCCCGGAUGAGCCCUCCAGCAGCUCCAACACCACCAUCCAGAGAGAAGAUGCAGAGUCAGGAGUGGACAGCUGAGGACUGGGACAGAGGCUCAACCCAAGCUGUUUGGGCUAGUUCUUCCUGGGGGCACCAACUGGACCUCCCUGUUCCAAUUUUUAAUGAAGAGCUUGUCAGGUCAAAGGGCAUCAGGGGAAUCUGAACUGUCAAGCAGGGGUCCCCCUUUCCUAUAUCUACCCCUGGGAGCUGUAAUAAUGCAAAUGGUCAUGGGUACAGACUUUGGCCUUCAGCUGUCCUUGGCUAAGUUACCGAACUUCUGAAGUUUUUUUCCCCACCUGUAUAAUGGGUAUGUUGAUAACGUAGACCUCCCAAGACUGAGAUGAUGUCUGUAAAACACUUAUAGUGUGCCAGGCUCAGUACUAAGUGUGCAGUAACUAUUAAGGCUUAUAGGCCCCCUUCAUCUGUGGGAGUAAUACCUCACCCCUGGCUUCUCCAGGGAUUAAUCUUUGCCUGGCCUGGCUGUAGACGAGAGAGGGCCUCCUUGAAUCAGUAUAUGGGCCUAGAAGACUUCGCCAUUGGAGAUGGUGGAGUUGAGAGCAAAGAAGGAAGGGCAGACCAUUUAGCCCAUUUCCUCUCCCAGAAUUUACCAAAGUUUUCUUAUUUUGUCUGAAAUGUUAACACUCUCAGAAGGAGCUCAGGCCCAGCUGCCUCCUUGGAGCAGACAUGCUACCCUGACCACCAUCUUUUUCCGUCUACCUACUUGACUUGACCCCCUAUCCAUCUUCAUACAGAGAGAUUUAACUCUGCCUUUGCCAAAACUGGCAUUUUGUCAUAAACUCUGCUGUAUUAUUAUUCCCCUGCUUCACAACCAGUUCUCAUGGCUCCCGUUCCUUCCCAGGAAUCUACUUAGUUUCUUUCCAAGAAGCGUAGCUGAUAGCCUACUCUUGUGAAGCCUGCCACCAAUAUUUCCAGAGCUAAUUUCUCUAGCACUCCACAUUCCCUGGCGGGCUUCCGUUGAGGGUAUUCAUUUAGAAUACAGAAUGACUUCUGGGUGUUGAGAUGAACUGGUGGAAGGAGGACUGCCCUGCCACCUGGUGGUGAGAGAGGGCAUGGUCCACACUGCUCUCCAGAGUUUUCUGAGGGAGGGAGAAAAGGCAGGGAGCAGGGGUGGCCUUGGGAAACCACCUGCCGCCAAGUCAGUUGACCAUCGCCUCCAGGACCAAGCUGCAGCUGGAGGGAGGCCAGGGUCCAGCUUCAAGAACCCUCCUGUUCCUGUCUUCCGGGAAAUCCUUCCUAAUGCUGGA